AAAAAGUAUUAGGCAGAAAAAGUAAUAAUAAAUCUGUCGUCAGCCGAUUGCUAUCUUCGCAACGUAACAUCGAUGUCAAAUCGUGUUGAUAUUGGUCGUCGAUAUUUCAGUCGAUAUGUAGAAAUUCCCGCGCUCAUGCGGGUUUGUGUACUGUCAAUUGAACGUAGAUUAAAGUAGCAAGAAUGGGAAUUUUAGGAUUAGCGAAAGUUAUUGCCGAUAUCGCACCUAAUGCUGUAAAGGAGAGUGAAAUUAAACAUUAUUUUGGUAGGAAGGUGGCAGUAGACGCAUCAAUGAGCCUUUAUCAGUUCUUAAUAGCUGUUAGAAGCGAAGGAGCACAGCUAACUUCUAUUGAUGGUGAGACAACAAGCCAUCUUAUGGGAACAUUUUAUCGUACAAUUCGUCUGAUUGAAAAUGGCAUAAAGCCUGUAUAUGUAUUUGAUGGUAAGCCCCCGAAUCUGAAAUCAGGAGAGCUUGAUAAACGUGCUGAAAGAAGAGAACAAGCACAAAAGGAAUUGGAAAAAGCUGAAGAAGCAGGCGAUGUUGAACAGAUAGACAAAUUUAACAGAAGAUUAGUGAAAGUGACAAAAACACACACAGAAGAAUGCCAGCAGCUUUUGAAACUGAUGGGGAUUCCUUACAUUGUGGCACCUUGUGAAGCUGAAGCACAGUGUGCAGCCCUUGUGAAAGCAGGUAAAGUGUAUGCGACAGCAACUGAAGACAUGGAUGCUUUGACAUUUGGAUCAAACAUUUUAUUACGACGGAUGACCUUCAGUGAAGCACGGAAAAUGCCAAUUCAGGAGAUUCAUUUAAACAAAGUUUUGGAAGGCUUGGAACUCACACGGGAUGAGUUUAUUGACCUGUGCAUCUUGUUGGGAUGUGAUUACUGUGACAGUAUCAAAGGCAUUGGCCCCAAACGUGCCAUCGACCUUAUAAAGCAGCAUCACAGUUUGGAAAAAAUUCUUGAGAAUAUUGAUACAAAGAAGUACCCACCACCAGAAGGGUGGAUGUAUAAGGAAGCAAGGCAACUGUUUUUAGAACCAGAUGUUGCUGAUCCAGAAACUAUUGAGCUGAAAUGGACUGAUCCAGAUGAGGAAGGUUUGGUGAAAUAUUUGUGUGGUGACAAACAAUUCAAUGAAGAUCGUGUGCGUAAUGGUGCAAAAAAACUGGCAAAGGGCCGGUCAGGGACAACUCAAGGUCGCCUUGAUACUUUCUUCAAAGUUUUACCCAGUACGAACAAUACCUCGCAGAAAAGAAAGAGUGAAGAAAAACCAGCUAGUGCAAAGAAGGCAAAAGGAGGAGGGGGGAGAGGACGGAGGCCAAAGUAAUUCCACUGUACUGUUGCCUAACAUGUCCAAAAUAAUGUUGCUCUUAAUUGAAGAUGUGUCUCCGAUUUGUUAUCGAACUGUAAAAUUUGAAAUAGGACUAAAACAUGCUAAAUCACUGUGUCUGUGACAUAUAUUGAAGUGAUUGUUUUGAUCUCAUAUCUUUUUGUAAUGAAUGGCAAUCUCUUCAAUCAUGUUGAUUUUUAAUUAAAUUAGACAUAAAAAUUAUAAUUGGAUCUGAAUUUAAAAUUGUGUGUGAAUGCUUUUAGAUGUGUGGUUCAGAUGUAGGUAUUCUGAUGUUGUUAUAGCUACACAAUAAAUAACCUUUUAAGUUCACCAACACUUUCUGUAAUGCAGGAGUUUAUUUUGGAAUGGAAAGCCUAAAGAAUCCUAAAACAUCAAGGCUACAAUUGGGUAAUAUCUGAACUUUAAUAACGUUUAAGAAAUAAAAAUAGCAUUUAUGAAAAUUAGUUUUGCAGGAGCAGAUACUGUACAAAGGAUUUUGUAGCUUAUAAAUAAAUAAUUAAAAAUGUUUUUAAGAUUGGGGUUAGUAAGUUACUGUGAUGGUGAAUGAAGUGAAAAUAUUAUGGAGGAAAGUGGGUGAUUGUUGAUAAUACUGCUGACUGUUGUAAUUUUGUAUAAUAUAUAAUAAUUCAUUUUAAGCAAUGAUUCAGUUGACAGACCAUUACUCGUCUUUAAAAAAAGUAUGAGUAAAUGCGCAUGAACAGUGUG